UAAUAAUGUUUAAAAAUACCUAUCAAAGUGGACUUUUGACAAUAUUUUAUAGCUGUGGAUCAAAUCCAUUAGCGAUAUGGGAUAUGGAGGUACGGAAUGGUCACAUUAAACGACUCACUGAUAGCGAAGUAAACUCUAUCGUUCUUGAAAUAGUGGGUACUAAUGUUGCGACUACUUACAUAACUUGCCCGAAAAGGAACCAAGUACUAGGUAUUAGAUUACCUUUUCUUGUGAUGAUAGUGAAAAAUUUAAAAAGAUACUUCUCGUUCGAAAUUACCAUUUUGGAUGACAAAAACCUCAGAAGACGAUUUACAAUUUCCAAUUUCCAAUCAACAACAAAGAUAAAACCCUUUUGUACCUCAAUGCCGAUCGGUCUAUCGGGGGGAUGGAAUCAGAUACAAUUUAAUUUAGCUGAUUUUACGAAAAGAGCAUAUGGGACUCAAUUUAUAGAAACACUUCGAGUACAAGUACAUGCAAAUGCACGGUUACGUAGAAUUUAUUUCUGUGAACGGCUUUAUGCAGAAGAUGAAUUACCACAAGAUUACAAAUUGUAUUUACCACUAGAUCGAAAGCAAAGGAAGGGCAAAUUUGGGAAAGACCCUGCACAAGCUGCUAAACCAUCAGCUGCUCCACCCCCUACGCCUCCAACUGAAAUUGUGAAGAAAGAAGAAACGCCACAGGUUGCCAGUGAACCUAUCAAGCAAGAACCACCAGAAGUUCCAAAUAUAAAGGAAGAAAAGCCCGAACCAAUUAAGGAGGAGGUAAUCGAGAAUAUAAAACCAGAAGAACCCGCAGAAAUACCUGAAACUGUUGCUGAGGACACCACGGUUACUGAAGAACCACCAGCUGCUGAGGAACUCCCAGCGGUUGAAGAGCCCUCCGCGGUUGAAGAGCCCCCAGCCGUUGAAGAGUCCCCAGCCGUUGAAGAGCCACCAGAAGCCGAGUUAGAGGAAGAAUCUUAA